AUGUCGGUUUAUAUGGACUACCAGAACAGAGUCGGGCAUAAGCUCGGCUCUGGUGCCCCCGCCACCUGGCAGGAGGUAAAUCUCGAACGGAAGGAAAGGCUGCGUCGGCUGGCCUUGGAGACAAUAGACCUCAACAAAGACCCGUACUUCAUGCGCAACCACUUGGGCCAGUUCGAGUGCCGUUUGUGCUUGACUCUGCACACAAAUGAAGGCUCUUAUCUGUCGCAUACACAGGGCAAAAAACACCAAACAAACCUCUCGAGGAGACUUGCAAAAGAAAAAGCAGAUGCUGUUGUCGCCCCCAUGCCGCUCAAGACAUCCAGCGGCCCUGGGCGCACAUCCGACAGAGUCCGCAUUGGGCGUCCGGGUUACCGCGUGACGAAGCUGCGCGACGAGCGAACACGUCAGUUUGCGCUGUUGUGUGAAGUGGAGUAUCCGGAGAUCGUGAGAGGCACCAAACCCUACCACAGGUUUAUGUCGGCCUUUGAACAGCGCGUUGAAACCCCGCCAGAUGGAAACUAUCAAUUCCUGCUCUUCGCUGCGGAGCCCUACGAGACUAUUGCCUUUAAAAUUCCUAACAUGGAAAUUGACAGAGACGAUCCCCGACACCACGCGGCAUGGGACGCGGAGAAGAAGGUGUACACGAUGCAGAUAUUCUUCUCGGUAAUAUAA